AUGAUUCUUCCAUUUCUCAUCAUCCAACAGUAUCACAUUGGCCACACCGAGAAUAUCCAAAUACCCGGGAGAUUUGAUGAAAUCUGUGGCUUUAAUAGUGGAAUGAACAGCGAGCGAGUCAGUAUCGUAUCCCUCCGCUUUCGCCUUCUUCUGUUUUCCAAUCAACAAAUUCUGAGGAUUCGGUUUCGUUCCCUCAGAUCCAUCUGGAUUCGCAAAGACCUUCUUGGGAUCCAAAAAUUCGGCGCCAACCUUAUCCGGCUUCAAAUAGACCUCACAAACGACGAAAAUCUCGGCGGAUUCGAGACGAGAAGCGGCUGGUUUCCAGACGUGAACCCUCUUAAACAACUUCUCAAAGACACGAAUCAGACACGAAUAAUCGUUCGAACGGAACACUUUUGUCACGAAAGUACCGCCUUUUCGAAGGAUUUGAGUGGCGAGUUUUAG